CGUCACUCUUCCUACUUUCCCUUUCGCAGCAACAAGUUGCGUCAGGGUGCUUGAAGUAUGGACUAUUGACAGUCUAACUUGGGCUAUUUUGGUUCAAGCUAAUUUUCGCUAGGCCACUGGCUCACCGGCUCACGGAGAUCGACCAAGUAGGCUACUUUACCAAGCCAAGAUCUUCCCCAGUGUUCACCGAAGUCAUGGCACCCACUCUGUAUGAUGAGAAACCAGAGAUUGGGGACCUGAUAGAGAUCUUCAGAGGAACAUACCAGCACUGGGCCGUGUACAUCGGAGAUGGAAGUGUCAUCCAUGUGGCACCUGCCUCUGAAGAGGCACGCGGUGGAUCCCGCAGCAUGAUGUCCGUGCUGUCUGACAGGGCUAUCAUAAAGAAAGAGGAAUUGUGGGAUGUUGUCGGAACGGACCAGUACAGCAUCAACAAUCGCCUGGACAACAAGUACGAGCCGCGGCCGGCCCACGUGAUCCAGCGGGAGGCCCGAAGGCUCCUGGGCCAGGAGGUGCCGUUCUGCGUGUUCCAAGGGAACUGCGAGCACUUUGCCACGGAGCUGAGAUAUGGCAAGGCUGAGUCGCGUCAGGUGCACCGUGCGGUUGAAGUUGGUGUGGGGGUCGGUAUAGCCGCCAUGGUCGGAAUGGGCGUUCUAGCAGCAGCCGCAGCCUUCUUUGGAAGUGGAAGCAAAGAGAGGAAAAACAAGAGCUAAACAGAGAAACCGAUCAGCCUUCAGGGGGAAGCACCCCAACACCAGCAGGCCUUGCAGAACUGAAUGUGAAAAAGACCUCAAAUCAACUACUGAGAUCUGAUGGGCUGUAAUAUUUAGCACAAAAAAGUUUUUGUAAAUAAACAAUUUGAUCUCUGAUUAAAAGCACACCCACAAUACAGUGGGUGUACUUACAAUCAUGUAGUCAUUUAGAAAGUGAUUUCCAGCAAACUGCUGGCUGGUUUUCAGUUUUAGUAGUAUGCUCAAAAUUGCGCUAGUACUGCUAUUGUUAGGUGAGAGAAUACAUUUCUACCCACAGCCUUUAAAAGGGGUGUGUAUUUGCACUAUUUUACACUUUAAUGCCAAAAUGAUUGUUGUUAUGAAUUCAGGUGUAUUUAAAUAAAUAUAAGCCAGCACUAUGUGUGCAAACAAUCUUUUC